AUGGACACUAGCUUUGGCGUGCUAUUUGAACACCUGACGGCAGGCCGCUUCGUAGGCGCUGUCGUAAUCUUUACCGUAACGUCCUUCAUCGUCGAUUUCGCAAGCAAGCCCUCCUAUCCGGAUUCCCUACCCCGGGUCGGCCAUGGCAAAGGCUUCGUCGCAAGUCUGAGGGAUCACUGGUCUUACUUCACCCGCUUUCAAGACUGGAUGCAGGAGGGAUACGAAAAGCAUUCCAAGUAUGGCCGCCUCGUCGUUGUGCCAUCGUCGGCAAGCCGACCAGCGAAAAUCGUCAUACCGCAAUCUCAGACCACAUGGAUGCUGGAACAGCCUGACUCGGUCAUCGGAACCCACGAAGCCCACAACGACAUUCUUUACAGCGAAUACAACUUCCUCGGCAAGCGCCUAUCCGACGAUGUAUACCACACGAGGGUGGUGCAUAAGAGCAUCGCCCGCGCUUUGAGUGCGUUAAUACCGGGAACGCAGGAGGAGUUGAAGGAUUCGAUCGACAAGGUCUUUGGUCUAGACACGGAACAAUGGAAGAGCGUAAAUGUAUGGGAUAGCUGGCUGAGUAUUGUGCCUCAGGUGACCAACAGGAUGCUCAUUGGGGCCGAUGGCCAUGUCAAUCGUAACUCAGCGCUCUUGGAGAGUAUGGUCAAAUUUACCGACUGCGUGGUUCAAAGCAGCUUUCUGUUCUGCAUGUUUCCCAAGAGCCUGCAUCCCAUUGUUGGGCCCUUGCUUACAAUCCCAAAUUGGAUACACUAUUGGAGAGGCGCGAAACAUACUCUACCCGUAAUUCAGAAGCGACUUGAUGACAUGAACAAGAAGGCCGCCGGCGAUCCGGCAUAUCAUGACUGGCUUGAACCAGAGGAUUUCAUCACCUGGACGAUACGUGUUGCCCGAGCUGAAGGCAACAGCUUUGAGCUCCAACCCUCCGUUAUUGCCAAACGAUUGCUUCCCAUUGAAUUUGCUGCGAUUCAUACAACGACACUAACCGGCCUAAACAUGAUCCUUGACCUCGUUUCGUCUGACCUCUCGCUGGGCUAUCUGGAAGGACUUCGCGAGGAGGCAGCUCGGGUAUUCAAGGAGGAGGGCGGCAAAUGGACCAAGAACGGUCUGUCGAGGCUCUACCGCAUUGACAGCGCCAUCCGCGAGAGCCAAAGGCUCAGCAUAUUUGCUACCACCCAAGUCGAACGGAAGGUCGUGGCACGAAGUGGCAUCACCAAUCCGACGCAAGGUUGGCAUGCGCCAUACGGGAGUUCACUCGUGUUGAACUGGCAAGGCUUGCACCACGAUCCUGAUCUACACCAUGAGCCCGAGAGAUAUGAUGCGUUCCGUUACUCCAAUCCCAGAGAAGAGUACGAGUCCAGACCUGCGGAGCAAAAAGACCCUGCUGAAGCACUGAGGCUCAAGAAGAUGGGGAUGGUCACCACAAGUGAUUCUCACCUGGCCUUUAGCCAUGGUAGACACGCCUGCCCUGGUCGCUUCUUCGUGGCACAUGAGCUGAAGAUGGCCAUUGCCUACAUCGUCAUGAAUUACGAUAUCAAACAUAUCAAUAAAAAGCCGGAAGUGCAGUGGAUGGGGCAGACGGUCAUCCCACCACUUCAAGCACGCGUGGAGGUACGUCGCCGCAAGGGAUCGGUGAGUCGGUCAUAUGCGGACGGCAACAAUCAAGAUAGGAAAGCUGAAUGA